UCAUCGUAGCGUAGACGGUUGAUUUGAUUUGAUGCCUGCAAUUUCCAACCCAACAAGGCAAUCAGAUUCACACACACAUGACCUCAUUACAACGCUUCAUGAUUCGGCGUUGCAGAAUUCAAGGACCCAACAACACCGCCAUUUCAUUUGCAGACCAUCUUCUCACCCGAAGCUUCUUCACUACAAGUACUGUAAAUUUGGAUGCCCAACCCAAUCUCCAAGCUUCAACAACUAGCCAAGACGACCCAGCAAAAAUAAUUGCAACCCAGUUGUCAAAUUGCACUACCUUACAAGAAUUGAAUCAAAUUUAUGCCCAUGUUAUCAGAACCCACUUGUUACAGCUUUACACAGCCCCAUUUCACUGGAACAACAUCAUAAGGUCGUACACUCGACGAGAUGCUCCAACCAAGGCAAUCUUUGUUUACCUUGCUAUGUCUCGUUCUGGUGUUUUGCCUGAUUGUUACACCCUCCCCAUUAUUUUGAAAGCCCUCUGUCAACUUUUUGCUGUAGAGAUUGGUAGGCAGCUUCAUUCCGUCGCUCUAAGGCUGGGCCUUGACUCCAAUGAGUACUGUGAGAGCGGGUUUAUAAACUUAUACUCAAAGGCGGGAGAAUUUGAAAAUGCACGCAAUAUGUUUGAGCAAAACCCCGAGAGAAAGUUGGGUUCUUGGAAUGCCAUCAUUGGAGGCCUCUCACAAGGUGGGCGUGCAAAGGAGGCGAUAGACACGUUCAUGGAGCUCAGGAAAUGUGGGUUCUUGCCGGACGAUGUGACCAUGGUUAGUAUCACAUCAGCUUGCGGUAGUUUAAGUGACUUAGGCUUGGCUCUUCAAUUGCAUAAAUGUGUUUACCAAGCUAAAAACGUGGAUAAAUCGGAUACCUUGAUGUUAAAUUCGAUUAUAGACAUGUAUGGGAAAUGUGGGAGAAUGGACUUGGCUUAUAGGGUGUUUUCAAGGAUGGAGCAACAAAACGUAUCGUCGUGGACAUCUAUGAUCGUGGGUUAUGCAAUGCAUGGGCAUGUGAACGAAGCACUUGAAUGCUUUCGGUGCAUGAGAGAGGCAGGAGUGAGACCAAAUCAUGUGACCUUCGUUGGGGUACUCAGUGCAUGUGUUCAUGGUGGGACUGUGCAAGAGGGGAAAUUUUACUUCGACAUGAUGAAGAAUACAUACGAGAUAAUGCCCCACUUGCAGCAUUAUGGAUGCAUGGUGGAUCUUCUUGGCAGAGCGGGAUUGCUCGAGGAGGCGAGAAAAAUGGUUGAGGAGAUGCCAAUGAAGGCAAACUCGGUAGUCUGGGGCUGCCUGAUGGGUGCCUGUGAGAAACAUGGGAACGUUAAGAUGGGGGAGUGGGUGGCUAAGCAUUUGCAAGAAUUAGAACCUUGGAAUGAUGGGGCUUAUGUUGUUUUGUCUAAUAUAUAUGCCAGUAGAGGUUUAUGGAAAGAGGUUGAGCAGGUACGAUUGAGUAUGUAUCAGAGAAAACUCGCUAAGGCUCCUGGUUAUAGCUUGUCAACAAGUGCAGAUUGACAUUCGUGUAUCAUAAAUGUGCCUGGCAUUUUCCAAGAAUGAGCUGAUAUAAAUGCAAUUCUUUUUACACAUCUGCACAACGUUCCCGUGAAGGAGCAAUUUUUUUUUAUUUCCCAGAACCGGAGUUGUUCAUCAGUUAUUCAAAUUUUGUGCAAGGUGCAAAGAGUAACAGAUGCACACCUUUCCAAAUGU